GGAGCGCCGCGGCCGCCCAAAACUAAACAAACCCUUCAAAAUCUUGGCGGUGCAGAGAGUGAAAGUUUGCCCUCCGUCUGCCCAGGUGCUGUUAUCAUCCCUCUCAUCCUAUUGUAUCCAUCUGUGCUGCCUCCAGGACAGGACACGUGCGGGGCGGUGGUGUCCAUGUGUGGUCCGUGAGGUGAUGUGCAGGUGAGGCCCCGGCAGGAGAGAGAACAGGACACAAGACAUGGAGGUGGAGGAUGAUGCCCCAGCCACCACCACCACCACCACCACUAGGCGCAGGCUGCCGGCCCGCCAGGCCAAGACCACCUCACUGCUGGACGAGUACCGGGCAGAGGAGAGUUGCUCGUCGCCGGCCAGGAUCAGCAGCGCCCUCAAGAGGAAGGCAGACAUCAAGGUGGAGAACCUGUACCUGCAGGACAACUACAAGGAACCACUGCCUACGCCCCUGGAGACCAUCUUUGAGUCCCCACAGCCUAGCAGGAGCCAGCGCGGGGAUUGCCCGGAGGUGUCGCCGCUGAUGGCACGGCGGAAGCUGAAGCGCCUGUGUGUGUUCGGCAGCCACUACCAGCCCUCCCGCACCAAGCUGAGGCACCGAAGGGACCGCGCCCACCGCAUGAAACAGCUGAGGGGUGUGAGGGUGCCACUGGGCAAGGCCUUCAGCGAGGACGAUGUGCAGACAGCCCUCUCCUGCCUGGUGGAGGAGGAGACCACCACCACCACCACAGAGGAGCAGGUGCCCAGCCUACCACACUCCCCCACAGAGUCGGUGAUGGAGAGAGUCACGCAGGGCAUGAGUGUUUUACAGAUGGACUGUGAGUCAUCCUUCGCAUCCCCUGGCCUGGCCCAGCAGGGCCCGGCAGCAUCCCAGCCCACCAAGGAGCAGCGGCGCAAACGUAGGUCAGGCCUGGUUGUCAGUCCCGCUGGCCCCAUCGAUGCAUCCCCCGGUGAUCAUCCAGCACGGCCGCCCUCUGCCCGGGAGAAGAAACUGAGGCGACAGUCUGGCUUGGUGUUCAUUGACACAACUGACACUGCCCUGGGCUCCCAGGAUGCCCCAGGGGACUGCCCACCCCAGCCCGGCCCCAGCAAGGCAACAGGGUCACGGAGGAAGAGACAGAAAACGACCUCUGAGGCAGAGCAGGGGAACAGGCCAGCCAGGGUGCCGCGAGUCAGGUCAGGAAACAAGAGGACUCCAGACACCUCCCCAGCCUCCGUUAAAAAGAAGCAGCGCAUCCCACAGUCCUCCCUAGAGACCCCCACUGCCCCUUCUCAGCGGGGCAAGACUCGGGGCAAGAGUAGAGGCACACGAAGGGUGUCUGGUGUGCAGCGUCCCCUCUACAGCACCACUGCCCUUAGUGCCGACUCUCCAAACCAGAGCCUCACCACCAACACCCCUUCCCCAGCCAUCAUCCCCACCAGCACCACUUCCCCAGCCAUCAUCCCCACCAGCACCACUUCCCCAGCCAUCAUCCCCACCAGCACCACUUCCCCAGCCAUCAUCCCCACCAGCACCCCUUCCCCAGCCAUCAUCCCCACCAGCACCACUUCCCCAGCCAUCAUCCCCACCAGCACCCCUUCCCCAGCCAUCACCCCCAACACCCCUUCCCCAGCCAUCAUCCCCACCAGCACCCCUUCCCCAGCCAUCACCCCCAACACCCCUUCCCCAGCCAUCAUCCCCACCAGCACCCCUUCCCCAGCCAUCAUCCCCACUAACACCCCUUCCCCAGCCAUCACCCUCACCAGUAGCACCUCCCAGGCCACCCCCACCACCAGUGCAGACCCUCCAGCAUCAGUCACCACCAAAAGGGACCUCACACUCAUCACUGCCUCCCCAAAGACUGACAACAAGGAGGUGCCCCCAGCAGCCCCCGGAGCCUCCCCAACCUCCCCCUCUACCAGAAUGGCUGCCCUGUCCCUCCAGUGCACCCCAUCACCCACCACCAAGCCCAGGAAGGCGCGGCGAAGGUCUGCCAGGCUCAGUUUGGGGAUGGAUGCCAGUGAGGAGUUGAGGAAGGUGGCUGAUAACUCUCUCCUCGGUACAUUCUGGCUGGCUACCUCACCCAAGGAACGUGUGGCAGGGGCAGUGCAGAGUGAUGCUGGUGGUGGAGUGGGUGGAGACGGUGACGCUCCACAACCAUCACCACCGUCACAGUCGUCAGUGAAGAGGAAAAAGCAGGCGAGGGGAAGGCGACGCUCUAAUCAGUUCCUUCCAUUACCUGAUAUCAUGGAGACUGAACUUACCACUACCACUACUACUACUACUAUUACUAUUACUACUACCAACACCUCCCCAGCCAAGCCCACACCCCCAGAGAACGUGCCAUCCCCCCAAUCCCCCAUCACCCCAGCCCAUCCCAGCUUACCCAAAACACCCACCACCCGGCUAACUCCUAAUGGGAUUGUGGAGGAAGGAAGGGAUGCAGAGACCAAAGGGAUGGGGAAGAUGGGCAGUAGUACAUCCCCACACAUAAGUGAAGGUUCAUCCCCAUCACUCUCCCCGUCAUCGUCUAAGUCUGACAUUCAAAACAUAGCCAUUUUAGAAGAUUUCAGUGACCUAACUACACCUUCCCCUGCUUCUCUCAUCUCUAAGACCCCUGCCUCCAGUACCUCAUCAGUUAGGACCUCUGCCAACCCUGCUGCCAUUGUCCCUUCCUUGUAUCUAACCCAGUGUGAAGAGCCACCAACACCUCCCACCCCAUCAGCAGAUCACUUCUUGCUCCCCAUUCUCACCCCUAAUGUGGGAAAACAGGAAGUCUUACCUCUCAGCCCUUCUGCAGGAGACCGCACAGCUCCUGAUCUCACCAUAUGUUGUAAAAGUCAGCCAGUUCCAUCUUUCACCCCCAAAAAACACCUUACAGUCUCUCCCCACAUCCCCUCAAGACACCCCAAGAUCUCUUCUCUCACCCCAUCAGAACACUCCAAGGCUUCUUUCACCCCUUCAGGACAUUCCAAGACUUCUCCCUUCACCCCUAAAGAACACCCCAUAACUACUGUCACCCCAUCUACAGAAUGUGUCCCUUCUCUCACCCCUAAUGGAGAUAUCCCAGCUCCUUCUUUCACCCCAUCCACAAGCCAGGAUACCACCACCCCUGGCAGUAUCACCCCAGCAGCACACAGGGACCAACACAUGUGCCCAGAAGAGGAAUGGGACUCACCAAUUGUCUCUGGAAUUCUGACAAAUGAGACGCUGAUUCGAAUGGGGCGUGUGUACUACGGCAGUCAGCUGACCCCUUCCCCCCGACCGAGUGUGAUGUGAUAGGAUGUGUUUGGUGCUCCUGGGUGCUGCGUCUCAUCAAUAUGAAUUUUCAACUUUUUUUUUUUUUUUUUUUUUUUUUUUUUUUUCAUGAUCGCAGUGAUGGUUUAACAGGUUAUACUGAAAGUUAUUGUGUUUUUUUUUUUUAAUGUUUUGGUGAUUCCAGUGGUGAUUUAAGAUGCUCCAGUGGAUGUUAUUAGGGUUUGCAAGUGUUCGACUAUUCCAGUGAUUGUUCAAACAGGUUGUAAUAUUAGUUAUUGUGGUUUUGAAGUGUUUUCAUCAUUCCCGUGAUAGUUUGAACUGGAAAUUAUUGCGUUAAGCUUGAACGCAUUGUACUGGAAAUUAUUGUGGCUUUCCUCAUUUGUGUGAUAGUUUAACAGGUUCUAGAUCAUUCAUGAGAAAAGGCAUCAUGAAAAUCUGCCCAGUGAUCUCUGUGGCACGUGAAAGCAGUCCUGGUGAGAACAAAGCAUACAAAGACACACACUAGAAUUUAAGGAUGCAGUCUGUCGUCUUCAAGGCCGCCAUUAGUCUCCCUCUCCUGUCUUCAUGUUUGUGGCUGCUGCAAAGUUUGACAGAAGAGAAUGAAGAUGCAAGUGUAUGAGCUGUACAGACUUUCCCUUGUCCUUGGUGUUGUGUGUAGGUCAGGACGAGCAGGCUGAGGAGCACAUGGUGGAGCUUUCCUGCCUCAGCCUCUUGUCACCACAGAAACACAAAGUUUAUAAACAUUUCUUGGUUUGAGUUUAUGGCUUUUGUUCAUGUUAAGUGAAUUUUGUUGCUUAGUUUUGCUUCUGUUUUUUGUUUUGAUUUUAUUUAUUGAUAUUAUUGGUAUAUGUUUUACUAGUUUUUAUACAGUUACAGAACACAGUCUCUGCCUUCAGUUUGCAUUUUUUGCCAAGAGAAUUGAGGCAUAGGUGUGACAAAAAGAACAUUUAAUGUCCUUCCCUCCCAUGUCCUGCUAACAAUAAGAAAUUUGAAUAUUUUAUAGUUUCCACACAAAUCAUUUAUAAAUACUAGAUCAAUAUAAAUAAAGUGUACUUGGCAAUGGGUGUUAUCUUAUGCAUUCAUGAUGAUAAACAAUAGGAAAGCUUGGUGUGUAUAAAGUAUUUCACCACACACACACACACACACACACACACACACACACACACACACACACACACACACACACACACUAUCAGCACAUCACUGUUUCCUCAUCAUUAGAAGCACAAGUCUUGCAUAUAAUAACCACAAGAAUCAUCAUAAUGUCACCUUCCUUUCAUAUCAUGAGGGUGUGACUCACUUUACAAGAUGACACACUGUUUUCACUGCUUACCUUGUAUCAACACCAAUCACUUCAUCUUAUCAUUACAAACAUGUUCACAUUUUGUACACAAUAAACAUAAGAAUCAUCAUCAAACCAUUUAUUAUUGCGUCACAUAAAUAUGCACACACUUCUAGGAUACGAAAUAAAGUUGAUACAUAGUACAGAACACAGUGACACCCACAGCACAUGACUGUCUGGUGUGUGUGUGGGGACUAGCUCACUCAGAGGAACACCACAGCAUCACAGCAGCCACAUCACAGACAUAUCCCAAUACAUGUCUUCAUAGUGACAGUUUUGGGGAAGACUGGCUAUUGUUAAUGGUAUACACACACACACACACACACACACACACACACACACACACACACACACACACACACACACACACACACACACAAAGAGAGAGAAGAGAAGAGGAGACUAGAUAACUGAGAAGAUAUAAGAAAAAAAUUAAAAGUUUUUAUACAUAAAUGGAGAAAAGAGACUAGACAACGGGGAAAAGUUUUUGAACACGCACAAACAUACACAUGGAAAGAAAGAACAGGAGAAAAAAUAGAUAACUGAAAAGACAUGAGAAAUUUUUAGGGAUGACUGGAACACACAAACACACAUUAAAGAGUCAGUGAAAUAUACCCUUGUUGUAAGAAUGACGGGGAGAAACAGAGACAGGACAAAAGAAGGCCCCGUAUAAUACCUCUCUCACUCUCUCUCUCUCUUAUACAUAGGUGUCUAUCUAGCUGCUGAACAAGACACUUCCAACAGAUCCAAGACACUUUUCUUGGCAUGCUAUGGACAGGACAGGACAGGACACACACACACACACACACACACACACACACACACACACACACACACACACACACACACACAGUACCCUGUAUGGAGUGGUGAGGGGACUGGCUCUGGUCUACACAGUUAAUGGUUCACCUCAGCCUGACACGAUCACAGAUGGUAAUGCUUUGGUUCAGGAAUAUAUGAUUGUCUGGUACUGAAAGACUUAGUGGAAUAAAUAGAUAUGUCAACACACACACACAUACACACACACACACACACACACACACACACACACACAAGGCACUAAUAGGUUGGAAGAUUACAUACAUCUAUACACAUACAUACAUACAUGAAGGAUAUUACUGAAAUAACAUCAGUUUGUUUUCAUCUGAGGGUUAGUUUCAGUUAAGUUACAUUUUGGUUAAUUCAGUUCAUUAAUCUCAUUUCUGAGCCUUUCACUGUGCAGGUCAUGACUUGGGGAGAAUAAAAAAAAAAAAAAAUGCAUAGGAAUAAAUUAGUUGAUCAUGAAAUUUGUAGCCUCAGGUUAUUUCCAGAAGUCCUGAAACACACACACACACACACACACACACACACACACACACACACACACACACACACACACCACUGACAGGAUGGAAGAUUACACAGAUCCGUGUGCAUAGAGAAAUACAGAUGAAUGGACACACACACACACACACACAGCUUGACUCCAUCACCACCACCACAAUAAUACCAACAUGUAUUACUGUUAACACCCUGCAUUGGUACAAGCAGCUGAAUGUUGGUGGCAGUGCCUCAGUGCUGCAGUGCCUGGCCAGCUCCUCUCAGCAUGCCAGACUUGGCUGCCAAGCCAGUGUUUGUAUUAUGGCAGGGGGAGUCACUGAGUGCUGUGUGUUCAGGCUGUGGUGCAGGAAUGACUGUCUUCCUGUUUCAUGCAUCACUGUCAGAGUUGUGAGGCAAAAAACACAUGAAAGUUAUGUGUUGUUUGUUAUUUUGAUUACUUAUGUGGUGGAAAUUCAAUCAAAUGAGUGUUUUUAUCAAUGAAUGCUAAAUGAAAUCAGUCUGAGUUACUAUUCUGUGAAAAUUAAAUCAUCACAAUACCUUUCAUUGUCAUUCAAAUAUUUUAUAAAUGUCUAUGACAGUGAGCCUGAGUAUUAGUUCACAGCGGCAGCAGUGACAGAGCCAGGCGUCUUACAACACCACUACACGCAGGUACAUCUUUCCCACACCAGGUAAUUCUGUCCAGGUAAAAUUUGACUUGGCUGGAAUGUACAGGUUUGCACUUCACCUUGUGUAACAUGUGAUGGGGGAAAUGAGCGAACAUUUCACAAGCACAACAACACACACAUCACCCCGACACAUGAGGUGACACUCAUCAGCCUCGGUGUGUGCUGGAAUGCAUCACUCUGCAUCCAGCCUGACAUACACUGUGACUGAAUAAAGUACACUAAUACAAAUUCACAAAUUUCAAUAUUUCCCACACAUGAGGUAAUAGUUUUGUUCAUAAUAUAACUACUGGAAUGCUUCAAUUCACACUUCACCUUCUGUACAGCAGCAGGAUAAGGGAAGGAGUCCAUUUGAAGACCACAAUAGCACACACACACACACACACACACACACACACACACACACACACACACACACACACACACACACACACACACACACAGUUCCCACACA